AACUGUUCAGUAUUGGAUUAGCAAUAUAUGCUUUAGAAAGAGCACAUAUUAUAUAGCAUAAGAUAUUCUAUUAUGAUACCCGCAAUGAAGAUACUUGUGAUGAUAUUUCAUAGAAUUUCAAAUCAAAAGUGUGUGCCUUGAUUUGGUUGAUUUAACUUUGUUACAAAUGUGUGUGUUUGUGUUUUGUGUCCCCGGUUUGUUGCCGUGUAGCUACACGGUAUCUUAGCAAUGAUACACACACCGACGGAGCACAGACAGCGCAAAACACGGGGGAAACACGUUAAACACAAAGUUUUUUGCGAUAGUUAAACUUAUUCAAGCUAUCAUUUUUAUUUUUAUUUUUGAAGUUAAACAUGUAUGGACGAGCUCCACGAGAAACUUUGAUGACGUCAGGCGUCACUCCAGCUGCAGUCGGUCCUGGAACUUACGACGUCACUCAGUUCACGAGUAAAAUAUCAGAGGGCUAUGCUCCAUUCUUGUCCCUGACCAACAGACAAUCAGUGUUCAAGUCCAGUGAGAUGGUGCCAGGACCUGGACAGUAUGACUCCACAUCCACCAAGUUAAAUGUCCAUGGUGGCCACAGUCUGCAGAACCUCUCCAAGCGAUUUGAGGAGGUGGUGUCAGAGGUUCCGGGCCCUGGGGCAUACACUGUGCCGCCUGCCUCAGAAAACUGGCUCAGGGCUGUGAUGGCUGAUGCAGGACAGGCUGGGAGGCCUGGCAGGAAAAAGGCUCAAAGUCUCUGGCUAGUUCGACACUCAGAUAUUGUGUCCAUUCCUUCACCGGGCCAAGCUUAUGGCUAUGAGGAGGACGCCCUGGGUGUGCUCUGCAAGCAACAGCCUCCGCCCAGGGACAGGACCCUGGGACCAGCCUACUACAACCCAAAGUCGGAGAUGAGCGCCGCACACAAGUAUAAAGGAGUCCACUUUGGCAACAGGACAGGAAAGAGAGAGGAGGAGACAAUGGAGGUGGGACCAGGUCCAGGACAAUACUAUCCUGAGUUAGUCAUAGAAACACACUAUGAAAAUAUAAGCCUUCAAAAGGAACAGAAAGGCAGAGCUGAGCUUAACAUCCCUCGCUACCACGAACUGGUGCCCAAGCAAGAGGAGAAGAAGGCAAUUCCAGGGCCGGGCCAGUACCACAUCAGAAGCCAGUUUGAGAAGCCUGUGAAGUCCAGUGCCUGCCCCUUCCUCUCUCAGACUGAGAGAUUUACCUCUGUGAAAGAAUUGCCGCCCCCUGUCGGUGAAUAUAAUGACCCACGCUGUGCACUGGAGCUGCUGAAGAGGACGACGGGAGUGAAAAGAAGCCCAUUUGGCAUCACCGCUGUGCGCUUCCCACCUGACAACAGAAAAUGCUCCACACCAGGACCAGGCUCCUAUAAUGUGUUUUUGCAGGGUUUAGCCCAGGAGAGUUUUAAAAAGGCCUUUUUAGAGCAAAGCAGGAAGGGGGGGUUUGGCUCCACUUCUCAGCGCAUCUCCUUGUUUCACAACAAGACAUUAAUACAGGCCCCAAGUCCAGGACACUAUGAGACAGAAAAGAAGACAGAGGAGCACUACAAACGGCAAAACACAGCUGCCUUCAAAUCAGCCACAGAACGUCUGCCAUUAUCACUGCUUGCUAAAGAUUCUCCUCCACCCAACAGUUACAAUGUGAUUCAGACAUAUGAGAAGUUUAAUGGCCACACUUACCGAGAGCCACGAGGUGACGAAGCCAAGAGACGACAGAAAUGCUUCCUGUCCGCGGCGCCGCGGGGUGACGUCUUCCUCCCAUGUGAUCCCAACAUGCCAGGCCCUGGUCAGUACAACCCCAGUGUAAAGUCCUUCCCUCAGAUGACUCUGAUCACCUCCAGACAGGAUCGAUUCAAAGACGCCAUGAACACCAAUCCUGGACCUGGCACUUAUCAGCUGAGUCCAAGUAUCAUGAACACAGUCCUUAAGGGCACCUUCAACGUGACACUCGACAAUCCUCUGGAUCACUAUGUGGCCCCCGGCCCUUUGGGGACCCAUAGGACCAUUAACGCUGUCAUACCCAACACCUUCAUCAGCACCGGCACGUCUUAGAGCUCUUUGGGGGUCAAACCGUAGAAGUGAAAGGCGGUGUUUUGGAGGAAGAUAACUGCUCUUUAAUCAAUAUUGCAAAGUGAAAUGCCUACAUGGGCCCUGCAUCAACAACGGAGGGCUCCCUGGUUCUUUUAUUUUUCACUAAUAACAAUCUUGGCACACCACUUUGUUAAUCAAUAACAAUUAAAAAACAAAAAAACUAUUGACAUGAAUAUUGCCUUGAGUCCUUUGAAAGCAUGUUAGUCUUGAAGAGGACAUCGAGCCCGUACAGGACUUUAUAACAGCAAUUCAAAUAAUCAGUUGGACAUAAAUGAGACUAAGAUUAAAAAUGGUACAUUGGAUUUUUAUUUGACUGCUGAAAUUGGUUUGUUGCAGUAAAAGCUGGAUGAGUGUUAGAUUAUCAAAAUUGCUUGAUUUGGGCUUCAUUUUUAAGUCACACAGUCUGCAUCUUUACCAAGAUCAACUAUAAUUGUAUUUCAUUUAAUGACCAGUGAUCAACCAGUGCAUGAGACAGGAAAAAGAAAAGAUAUUUCAAAUCCUUAAAGGUCCAGUGUGUAAAAAUUUUAAAUUUAGGUUUGUAUGAUUUGUUGUUUUCUCUUUCAUAUUUAUAUCAAGAGCUGAGGUCGCCAUUUUUGACCAUCAUGUAACUGAAGGCUGCAUAGGUUCUCCAACACGCUUGGAAGAGAAGUGUGAGGCGAGGAAUUUUCUCCUUCACCAAUAACUGUUACUUCAUUUUACAUACUGUAAUUUAAGAUGCAUACAUCGUUGCUUCGCAUGCAUCAAUCAUGAAGCUAUUCAUUAUGUAUAUGUGCGCUGACCGUCAGAGAAACAGGUGUGAAAGUCACAUAAAGGACUCAUAACGUACAGUAUGUUCCAGUUUUGUCGUACACUAAUGUACUUUACUUGGUGAUCAAUUCAGCCUAGAGAUAUUAUUAUAAAUAUAUUCUAUUAUUAUUAUAAAAUAUAUUAUUAUUAUUGUUAAAAAAGCCAAAAGUAAUGGCAUGACUUGAUGCGUUGGAUGAAAAAAAUCUGAUGUGUGACUGGAGAAUGAAAGAAAAAGGGUACAAUGCUGUGAUACUGUAAAGUUUUGUUGGUUUGAGUCCCCACCAGGUCAAAAAAGUGCUGGGAUAUCCCUGAGCAAGGUACCCAACCCCCCAUUGCUCCCCGGGCGCUGCUCAGUGGCUGCUCUCUGCUCCUAAUUCUCGGAAGGUUUCCAGUAGAGGAUGGGUUAAAUGCAGAGAAGGAAUUGCCCCAGUGGGACUGAUAAAUGACUCAUUUAUUUAAUUUAAAGGAUGCGGCUCUACUUUGUUUGCGCAGCAUACGCUUUGGCUGGUUUGUCUGUUUCCGCUGUUUUAGUAACAUAAGAUAAGCCUCCAAAAAUCUAAUGUUUUUUAUUAUAAAGUCAUAUUAGACCUAUAAUAUACCUAUAAUUUCUAAUAAACAAAAGGCUACACACUGGACCUUUGUAUUGCUUUGAAAUAAGAAACUCUUGCCUCUACUGUAACAUGUGACAUGUCCUGUAC